AUGGUUAGUUGUUUCAAUAGGCAGAAUGAGGUUUUCGAGGUGCGGGAGAUGCCCACCGAUGCAGAGUAUGCAGUAGACCUACGACGCAAGCACUGUGACUGUGGAUAUUUUCAAGUAGAUCACUUUCCAUGUCAUCAUGUUUUUGCAUGUUGUGCAAACCAACGUCUUGGUUGGCAAGUUAACGUUCACGAGGUGUAUCGGAUGGAUGAGAUCCAAAAGGUGUACAGAGCUAGAUUUAGGCCAUUGGGCAACCCAAUAACCUGGCCCGUGUACGGAGGGCCACGGAUGAUACCUAAUCCUUUACUUAAGAGAGUUACCAAAGGUCGUCCCAAACAAACUCGCUUCUUGAAUGAGAUGGAUACACAAUCAAUGCGAGGUCAAAGACGUUGUAGGCUAUGCGGUGUAGAAGGUCACAGUCGUAGUAGGUGCCCCAGCGCACCGAACCUAGUGCACGCGAGUCAGACCCACCGUAGGUGUAUAUUAUAG